AUGCUGGCACCAGGCAGUGGCCCAGAGCAGAGGAACAAGUUUGCCCUGCAGUGGAGGCAGGUCUCCUGGAUCACCUGCUGGAUUGCCCUGUGUGCCGUGGAGGUGCUCCCCGCCUGCCCUUUCUCCUGCACCUGUGACAGCCGCACCUUGGAGGUGGACUGCAGUGGCCUGGGCCUCACCGCUGUGCCCCCAGAUGUGCCCGUGGCUACCCAAAGCCUUCUGCUCCUGAACAAUAAACUGAGUGCUCUGCCAAGCUGGACUUUCGCUAACCUGUCCAACCUGCAGCGGCUGGACCUGUCCAACAACUUCCUGGACCAGCUACCUCGGUCCAUUUUCCAGGACCUGGUCAACCUGACAGAGCUGCAGCUGCGGAACAACAGCAUCAGGACCCUGGACAGGGAACUGCUCCAGCACGCCCCGUUGCUGCGCCACCUGGAUUUGUCUAUCAACGGCUUGGCCCAGCUGCCCCAGGGCCUUUUUGAUGGGCUCCUGGCUCUGCGGUCCUUGUCCCUUCGCUCCAACCGUCUGCAGAGCCUGGACCGACUGACCUUUGAGCCCCUGGCGAGCCUGCAGCUGCUUCAGGUUGGGGACAACCCAUGGGAGUGUGACUGUAACCUUCGGGAGUUCAAACACUGGCUGGAGUGGUUCUCCUACAGAGGGGGUCGCCUGGACCAGCUGGCCUGCACCCUACCCAAGGAGCUAAGGGGGAAGGACAUGCGUGCGGUCCCCAUGGAGAUGUUUAACUACUGUUCCCAGCUAGAGGAUGAGAACAACUCUGCUGGGAUGGAUGCUCCAGGGCCACCCUGCACUAAGGCCAGCCCAGAGCCUGCAAAACCUAAGCCUGGGGCAGAGCCCGAGCCCGAGCCCAGCACUGCCUGUCCUCAAAAGCAGAGGUACCGGCCGGUGAGUGUGCGGCGAGCCAUCGGCACAGUGAUCAUCGCGGGGGUCGUGUGUGGUAUUGUCUGCAUCAUGAUGGUGGUGGCUGCUGCUUACGGCUGCAUCUAUGCCUCCCUCAUGGCCAAGUACCACCGGGAGCUCAAGAAGCGCCAGCCGCUGAUGGGGGACCCCGAGGGUGAGCAUGAAGAUCAGAAACAGAUCUCUUCUGUGGCAUGA